UGCCUGCACGGCUGCACCCCCACCAGGCACCAGCUGCUCAAGUCUGUCCUAGAUUCCUCACACACAUGACGCCCUCCUCCUCCUCCGCCACGCCCUGCGCUCCUCCUCUCGCUCUCCUCUUGUCCUCACAUACACCUGUGCUCACGACGCUCGCGUUACAUUACACCGGCCGGCCUCGUCUCCCCACUAGGGACUAGGAGGCGGUAACGUUAUAUUCACUCUCUUGAGCAAGAGCCUCGUCGUCUCACUCCUGCUGCUGACUGCUGAGCGCCUUUGGCCAACAAACAGGGAGAGCGGCGAUCAUGUUGCGGGGGAGCUACGGCUGUGGCGGGGCGGCGUCACGGGACCCCAAGCCGCGGCUGCGGUGGACGCCGGACCUCCACCAGCGCUUCGUCGAAGCCGUCACCAGGCUCGGCGGCCCGGACAAAGCAACACCCAAGUCAGUGCUCAGAUUGAUGGGCAUCAAAGGCCUCACUCUUUACCAUCUAAAAAGCCACCUCCAGAAGUAUAGACUGGGAAUACAGGGCAAGAAAAGCACAGGCUUGGAACUUGCCACUGGCGGAGUUUUCUCACAAGGCCUCAGUUCAACCACAGCGCAUCCUCCAGGUGUUCCUGAUGAAGGAAAGAGCACGAGAGAAAUAGCACUUAGCAAUGCACUAAGGUAUCAAAUUCAAGUCCAAAGGAAACUACAAGAACAAAUUGAGGUGCAAAAGAAGCUGCAGAUGCGAAUUGAGGCCCAAGGGAAGUACUUAAAGACAAUACUAGAGAAAGCUCAGACAAAUAUUUCCUUUGACACAGAUGCAUCCAAUGGCAUAGAAUCAACCAGAUCACAGCUCAUGGGCCUCAACCAAGCUCUAUCAGGUUUCAUGGACAAUGCAACUCAAGUAUGCAAAGAAAAUAGGAAGCAAUUGGUGAAAGCUUUGUCAGAUGACAACGAUAAAGAUAAUCUAGGCUUUCAGCUGUACCAUGUAGGAAGUCAGGAGGCUAAGGAAGUCAAAUGCACACCAAAAACUGAAGACUCGCUCCUACUAGACUUAAAUAUUGAAGGAGGAUAUGACCUCUCUUCUAGAGGAAUGCAAGCAUGUGAACUAGAAUUGAAAAUCAACCAGCAGAUAGGAUAAAUUUGUUCACAAAGAUGUCAGUUUUGGGAAGUUCACUCUUUGCUAUUAGAUUAUUUUUUCCCUGUGGGUGCUGAGCAUGCUUGUCCAAUGCCCACAGCUCACAAGUUUCAUUUACUCUCUGCUAAUGUUAUGUUUGCUGAAAGAAGCUUUUGAAUAAAUAAAUGUGGGCAUUGUUUCAACUUUCAAA